CUCAAGCUUGUGCUGAGCCUCAAACCUGCAACGUCAGUUCCCUCCAAGGUCUAGGUGUAGUAAAGUGGGUUGAUGGCCCUUUAAGAGGCACUAGCCAGCUCUGGUUGCCAUGGAGACAGCUGGACACAGACCCGGUAGAGGCCCACAGCAUGUCCUCCAAAGUUUACUCCACAGGCUCCAGAGCCAAGGACCACCAGCCCUCGGGUGUGGAGUGUCUGCCACUCCCAGAGGCCAACGCUGAAGCCAUCGACUUCCUCAGCUCCCUCCAUGAAGAGGAGCUACAGAUGCUGUUCUUCUCUGAGACGCUGGCCAUGGUCUCAGACACUGGAGAGCCUCAGGGAGAGCUGACCAUUGAGGUGCAGAGAGGGAAAUACCAGGAAAAACUCGGCGUGCUGACAUCCUGCCUUUUCGUGCAUGCCUUCAGCAGAGGCUUCUUGGAUAAAAUGCUCUGCGGAAAUUCCCUCCUGGGCUAUCUCUCAGAGAAGCUGGAGCUCAUGGAACAGCACAGCCAAGACUUCAUCAAGUUCCUCAUCCUCCCCAUGGAACGGAAGAUGAGUUUGCUGAAGCAAGAUGAUCAGCUGACUGUGACCAGAAGCAUCAAGGAGGGUGAGGAAGUGAAGACUGGAGUGACUUCUUUCCCGUGGAGCUCAAUCAAGGGCUUCGUCUCAGAGGCUGCCAACCUGGUGCUGCUCAGGGUGAUGGCCUGGCGGCGGAUGGUGCCCAGCAACGGCCGCUUCCUGGCCUUGGACACCGAGGGCAAACUCUGCUAUUUGACCUAUCAAGACCUGGGCUUCCAGACCAUCCAGGUAGACCAUCAGCAAGUCAAAGUCUUCAUCGUGGAGCAGACUGUCCACUCAGAGGAGGGCAUUCCCAUGUCCUGCCAGUACUACCUGCUCUCCGAUGGGCACCUGGCCAAGAGAACACAGGUGGGCUCCCCAGGAUGCUGCAUCAUCACCAAGAUGCCCAUCUUGAGGGAAGAGGAUGAGAUUGAGCCACGCCCAGUGUUUGAGAAGAAGCCCCCGGUGUGGGAGGAGGAUAUGGAGCUCUAUUCGAAGUUCCUGGACCGUAAGGAGGAGCUCCGGCUCGGCCACGCCAGCUAUCUGCGGCAGCACCCCGAAGCCCACGCGCUCAUCUCCGACUUCCUGCUCUUCCUGCUGCUGCGGCAGCCGGAGGACGUGGUCACCUUCGCCGCCGAGUUCUUCGGCCCCUUCGACCCGCGGCGUCCGUCGUCACCGGCCUUGGGCUCCUCCCACCGGCCCAACCCUUUCCGCUCCCUGGAGCCGGAGGGAGACGCCCGCUCCGGGGCGGGCUAGGCUGGGCCCAGGCCGGGACAGGGCAGGAAACCAGGAGUCGGGCUGGGACGCGGGCGGGACGCGCCGGGGCGGGGGCGCUUUCCGGGCUGUGGUUUUGGGGGAAUAAACGGGGCCCUCCCGCGGCUCUGUAGCGCCCGCCGACAGCUUCCCUGGCUAGCGUCUCGUGUCUCGGGCUAGAAAUAGGAACCAUUACCGUUGUACCUCGAGCGGAUUUCAGAUGCUGUUUUCUUGGUUAUCUCCAUUCUGCAGAUAAGAACACAGAGGCACACGAAAGUUUAACUUUUGGAGUUGGCAGGUGGGGAGGCAGAAUUUGAACCUGAACGUUGGACUUGAAAGCCCACACUCGGCCAGGCGCGGUGGCUUAAACAUGUAUUCCCAGCACUUUGCGAGGCCGAGGCGGGCGGAUCACCAGGUCAGGAGAUCGAGACCAGCC